AUGACCUUAUCAAUAGGACAUCAUAGCACAGUUAAGGUUCUGCGCAAUCUUAGUGACAAGCAGAAGACGUUACAGCAUUUUCCAGGUGUGAUCAUACUGUCUCUCUCCACAUUGAGUUUGAUCAUGAAGAGUAAGAAUAAAGAUGAGACUAGCGAUACAGACAGUGGCAUCAUAAUCCAGUCCGGUCCUGAUAGCCCCAUAGCUGCAAUGAAGGAUUUGACGCAAGCCAUGAGGAAGCAGCAAAAGGCCCUUGAGGAACGCCUGGAAGCCUGUUUACAGGAACUACGGAGAUUGUGUUUGCGUGAAGCAGAAUUGACAGGAAUGCUUUCUUCAGAGUAUCCUCUGAAACCAGGAGAGAAACCCCCGAAGGUCCGCCGUCGAAUAGGUGCUGCUUUCAAACUGGACCAAAAGGCUAUUCUUUCAGGAGCAGAUCCACUGAGCACAUUAGAGAGAGAUCUGGCUUUGCAGCUACAGAUUGCUGAAGCUGCUCGGUGUCUUUCUAAAGAAGAAAAUCUUGCCAAGCAGGUUCGAAAAAGGCGGAAAAGUGCUGUUUUGAAAGAGGAAAAGAAACUGAAGGAGUUGGAGCAAGCGCUUAGUGACUACCACCUGGCAUCCAAACAGCCGUCCCAGCUAAAGACCAUUGCUCCAGCCUUAGAAGGGUCCAGUGCCUCUGAUGAACGUUCCUUGUUGGAUGCAACUGUGAGAGGAGAAGAAGUCCCUGUGGUGAAUCCUCACCUUCCAACAAAAAUUACACCUUGGAUACAAAUCCAGUCUCACCACAGUCCUUCAUCGCAACUUUCCCCCCUUGGCUUUCUAGAAGAUUCAACUCCUUAUCCAGCUGCUGAAGUGGAGUCUUCUCCCAUCCAGAAUAGCCCUUGGAAAGAAACUAGUUUGGACAAGCCCUAUGAGAAGGCCAAGAAGUCGAUGGGGUCCAACAGCACACUGAGCAAAAGCAGCAUAAAGCCCCCACUGGCACCCAGCCCUUCCAUUCAGAGAGCAGUUGAGACACAUCUGGGUCACUUAGAUCCUCCUAGGAAGCUGGAAGUAAGAAGGCAGGCUGGUUCCAGUGCCCCUCCAACCCCAGAACUCCCGGGAAGGAGAGGACGGUCUCAGCUGAUAAGGGUAUGUUCCACGCGGGAAGGUUUGGAGUCCCGUGGAAGAAGUGCAUUACCCAGGCGACGCCCCACCUACUACACCGUGACUGUCCCUGAAUUCUGUUUCUCUGCAUCCAACCCCAACCCUGCUCCGAAGGCCAAUUUUCACUCUGCUUCAGAAGAUAGCAGUUCCGAUGUCUCCAGCAUCUCUUACACAACCUCUGCUGGCAGCAGCAGCCCAGACAUUUCCUUUAUGAAGCCGGCAUCUGUAGUGUCUAAAGAGGAGCCCGCACAGCUCUUCCAUAACCAAGUCUCCAAGAGACAAGAAGCAGAAUACCACCGUCUGUGUCCUCAGAACCUGCGUUCAGGGCCAGGUUUUUUCCCUGCCACAGAACAUGUGCCCAGUAGCCACCUGACUGCUGGGAGGGAGCUCUGCCAUGGUCGGCCAUCUUUUAUCUCUGGCAACUCAGCUCACUUUGCCUACAAGGAAGAAGGGGUGCCAGUUAGAUUCCACAGGUCAGUUGUAUCCCACAGCAGGGUAGUUCGUACGCCAUCCCUGAAGGACUUUGUCCCAGUGGGUCCACGCAUUCUCUCCAAGGCGGCAGUGACGGAAGAGUUAAAAUCCUGGCACGAACGAACCCGGCUGCGCAAUGCGCGUCCACAUUCGCUGGAUAGGCAAGGAGCUUUCCGCGUGCGCAGUAUGCCAGGCAGAGAAUUGCAUUCUCCGUGUUCCUUGGGGCAUCAAAUUCAGGUACCUCGUGUCCACAUCCUCAAACGCUCUCCUGAAGGAGCCCCUGUGCAGGUCUACGUCCCGGAAAAUGGAGAAAUCAUUACUCAGGUUUAGAGGCUGCUAGAUCCUGGAAGCAUGAGCAGGAUGAUUACCUCUUAGGCCCUUGUCUGGGAGGGGAAGAGGAGGCCUUCAUUCAAGUCUUGACACAUUCUUGCCUCUUGUGCUCCUUCUGUUUGGAAGAGAAACUUUGGGACUUGUUCUGCAAGCUACGUGAGACCAU